AUGUCUUCUGAUGCCUUCACCAACAUUGGCGAGGCCGAGUUACGACGCUAUGCCGCGUGCUGGUUGGGGUCGGAGCUGGCUGCUCAAACCAACUGGGAGGCCUCGCACAAGCUGUUCGACCCUGAGGAGAAGAUGAAGAUGGCCUCAUUCAAGCAGGUCACCCAGCGUAUGCUCAAGGCGUACAAGGACAAGGCCAGCACCACUGGCGACGCCGGUGACAACGACGAAGUUGGUGACGGUGCAGACGACGACUCCGCCACCGCCAAGAAGAAGACCGCCGCCCCGAAGAAGAAGGCUGCCAGCCCAAAGAAGCGCAAGGUGAAGACCGAAGGCGAUGAGGAGGAGAACGCUGAGGGUGAAGGUGACGGUUCCGUGGAGCCACCAGCCGCGAAGAAGCCAAAGGCCUCUCCCAAGAAGCGCAAGACCGCCGCCGAGAAGAAGGCCGAGGUGGCUGAAGCCGCCGCCGCGAAGACUGCCGCGGAUGCUAAAGCUGCUGCUGAGAAGACCGCUGCUGAUGCCGAAGCUGCAGCCGCGGAGACUGCCGCUGAUGCUGAAGAGGCUGCUGGCGCUGAGGCUGAGGGUGACGCUUCGCUCCCCGACGCAUUGUCGAAGUCAUUCCACUGGAAAGCUCGAUCAGCCAGCUCCCCUUCGACGCAGCUACGCAUUCUCCAGACCGUCUUUGGCGAGUCGAUCAUACGAAGAAAACGCUCGGCCAGAGCUCCUGCCAUGCCGAUCAUCUCCAGCGCUGGCGGCGCGUACAUUGUUGAGUUGCGCGAUCCCAUACAGGAGCCAUUGACAAAGCAUUUGGGCACCAGAGUCGGCGUCUAUUAUGGAGUAUUGCUGAAGACGCCGGUGCCGGUAGACUUCAAAGCAGAGGCUAAGAAGAAGGUCGGCCACCUGGCCAGGUUCCUUCCGCCGGAUGAGAAGCAAGUAAAGGAGCAAGCAGGGAUGCCAGAAUGGGUGCGCCGCAGGGCUCUUCGUUGGUGCGAGGCGCAUGAUUCGGAGCCGGAAAACAGCGAGAGUCCAGGAGAUGGGAAGGCCACGAUGCCACUUGAUAUUGUGGUCAAAGUCUUCUCCGUGCUCGGAUAUGGAAGGUCGCACGCCGAUCACGAGGUAGCGGCACUCAAAGCGCUGACGGCGAAGGAAUGCCAGUACACCCCGACUUAUUUUGGCAACUUCGUGCUGGGCCCAGAUCACUACGUCCUGAUGAGUCUGCUACCCGGUGCCUCCCUCGACAAGAACGAAAGCUGGCGCCACGACGAGAAGAACGUGAGAGCAGCGUUCGACCGCGCUAUCAAAGCCGUGCAUGACUGCGGUAUUGCCAGCAAGAGUACAAAUCGGCGUAACGUUCUCUGGGAUGAGAUCCAAGGAAAGUGUUACAUUGUCGACUUCGAGCGGACAGAGUGGAGUCAUCCUCAAGAUGAGAACAUGGCGAGGCUGGCAAGACAGAGGUGGAUCAAGCGGGGCUGGGAGUCUUUUGACCACUGGACGGCUCAGUAG